AUGGGAACACACAACCAAUCUGCUGUGACAGAAUUUGUCCUGCUGGGCCUCUCUGCCCACCCAAAGCUGGAGAAAACAUUCUUUGUGCUCAUCCUGCUGAUGUACCUGGUGAUCCUGCUGGGCAACGGGGUCCUCAUCCUGGUGACCAUCCUUGACUCGCGCCUGCACACGCCCAUGUACUUCUUCCUGGGGAACCUCUCCUUCCUGGACAUCUGCUACACAACGUCUUCUAUCCCUCUAGUCCUGGACGGCUUCCUCACUCCCAGAAAAACCAUCUCUUUCUCAGGCUGUGCCGUGCAGAUGUUCCUCUCCUUUGCCAUGGGAGCCACAGAGUGUGUGCUUCUGGGCAUGAUGGCAUUUGAUCGCUACGUGGCCAUCUGCAACCCCCUGAGGUACCCUGUGGUCAUGAGCAAGGCUGCCUACAUGCCCAUGGCUGCUGGCUCCUGGGUGGCUGGUGGAGCCAACUCCCUGGUGCAGAUCUCUCUUGCAGUACAACUACCCUUCUGUGGGGACAAUGUCAUCAACCACUUCACCUGUGAGAUCCUGGCUGUCCUCAAGUUGGCCUGUGCUGACAUCUCCACCAAUGUGAUCAGCAUGGUUGUGGCCAAUGUGAUCUUCCUGGGGGUCCCAGUUCUGUUCAUCCUCAUCUCCUAUAUCUUCAUCCUCACCACAAUCCUGAGGAUCCCGUCAGCUGAGGGGAGGAAAAAGGCCUUCUCCACCUGCUCAGCCCACCUCACUGUGGUGGUCGUCUUCUAUGGGACCAUCCUCUUCAUGUAUGGAAAGCCCAAAUCCAAGGACCCCCGGGGGGCAGACAAGCAGGACCUUUCUGACAAGCUCAUCUCCCUCUUCUAUGGGGUGCUGAUCCCCAUGCUGAACCCCAUCAUCUACAGCCUGAGGAACAAGGAUGUGAGGGUUUCUGUGAAGAACCUGGUGAGUCAGAAAUGCCUCAGUCAGUGCUGA